UUUUCCUUUGUAGAUGGGAAAUAAGCCUGCCUUUUGGUGAGACAGACAUGCCCUGCCUGCAGCCAGGCCUGGUUCCCAUGUUUCUGUGGCUGUUGCUGCUGAUCCUGGCUCCCGGAGGAGAACAGUCACAAGUACCACCCAAAGCUGUACUUCUGCUCGAUCCUCCAUGGUCCACAGUCUUCAAGGGAGAAAAGAUGAUUCUCACAUGCGUGAAUCACCAUUUGCAAUCCCAGGAAGGCGCAUCUUGGUAUCGGAACGGUAAAUUGAUUGACAAAACAUCUGGAAUGAUCCUAAUCAAAACAUCUGGUUCUUACCAAUGCAAGACCCAAGGAUCCUCCUACAGUGACCCUGUACAUGUGGAAUUUUCAUCUGACUGGCUGAUCCUCCAGGUGCCAUUCCCGGUCUUUGAAGGAGAUGAUAUAGAUCUGAGAUGCCAAGGGAGGAAAGAAGAGACAAUACAUAAAAAGAUUUACUACAAAGAUGGAAAACAACUUCCUGAUGGUGAUAACUCAGACUUCAUCAGAUUACAUUCAGUCCGCCAAGAUGAUAGCGAAUAUCAUUGUGCUGUUUCUAAGGAAUUUUCUUGGGAUUCUUUUUGGAAAGAAACUUCAAAAUCCCUAAGUAUCCAAGUUCAAGAGCUCUUUCCACAUCCUGGGCUGAAAGCCAGUCCCUCCCAGCCCAUUGAGGGAGGCCCAUGGACUCUGACCUGUGAGACGCAACUUGCUUUUCAGAGGUCACAUGUCCAGCUCCAGUUCUGCUUCUUCAGAGAUGGCCGUACCCUGGGGUCAGGCUGCAGCAGCUCCCCAGAGCUCCAGAUCCCCACCAUGUGGAGAGAAGACUCGGGGUUCUACUGGUGUAAGGCAGAGGCAGCAACUCCCAGAAUCACGAAAAUGAGCCGGGUGUCCCGUAUGCUUGUGCAGAGAAUCCCUGUAUCUGAUGUGAAUCUAGAGAUCCAGCCCCCAGGGGGGCAGCUGAUUGAAGGAGAAAAUCUGGUCCUUAUCUGUUCAGUAGCCGCGGGCACAGGGAAUAUCACAUUCUCCUGGCACAAAGAGGGAAUAAGUCUGGGCAGAAAAACCCAGCAUUCCCUGUUGGCAGAGCUGCGAGUGCCCGCCGUGCAGAAGCGUGAUACUGGGAGGUACUACUGUGCCGCUGACAACAACCAUGUCCCCAUCCUCAGCAAACGGAUUACCGUCACCGUGAGAAGUCUUGUGUCCCAACCUGUCCUCACCCUCAGGGCUCCCAGGGCCCAGGCUGUGGUGGGGGACGUGGUGGAGCUUCACUGCGAGGCCCUGAGGGGCUCUCCCCCGAUCCUGUACCAGUUUUAUCAUGAAGACGUCACCCUGGGGAACAGCUCCGCACCUUCUGGGGGAGGAGCAUCCUUCAACCUCUCUCUGACUGCAGAACAUUCUGGAAACUACUCCUGCGAGGCCGACAAUGGCCUGGGGGCCCAGCGCAGUCACGGAGUGAGUCUCCACGUCCUAGUUCCAGUGUCCCACCCUGUCCUCACAUUCAGGAUUCCCAGGGUCCAGGCUGUGGUGGGGGACGUGGUGGAGCUUCACUGCGAGGCCCUGAGGGGCUCUCCCCCGAUCCUGUACCAGUUUUAUCAUGAGGACGUCAUCCUGGGGAACAUCUUGGCUCCCUCUGGAGGAGGAGCAUCUUUCAACCUCUCCCUAACUGCAGAACAUUCUGGAAACUACUCCUGUGACGCUAACAAUGGCCUGGGGGCUCAGCGCAGUGAGGUGGUGGCACUCAGCAUCACAGGGAAUUCCAGGAGAAGAAUUGUUCUUAUGACCACAGGAGUCACUGGGGGAUUGCUCCUCAUCCUUGUCUUUGCUGCUACUUGGCUGUAUCGCAUCAAGAGCCAAAAGAAACCAGGAAGACUUCCUGCCACGGGGACACCUAGUUACAGUCCCAGUGAAUAUCAGGAGACUUCCGAGUUUGGGCCCUCCAGCAUAGAUGCCCAGGAGCCCCCCUACUCUGAGCAAUUAGUCCAUCUGGAGCUGCAGCCAGUGUAUAGCAAUGUGAAUCCUGAAGAAAGAAACCUGAUUUAUUCUCAGAUCAGGAGCAUCCCGAAUACAAACGGCAUUUCAGCAAAUUCACAGCGGACGCCUAGGAACCGUAAGGAACCUGUGGUCAUUUAUUCAGAAUUGAAGAAGGCACAUCCGGAGGACUCUGCAGGACCGGCCAGCCGAAGAGGCAGUGACCAUGAGGACAUUACAGAAAACUAUGAGAAUGUCUCAUGGGCUCCAGCAGCCUCGGAGCACUAGCUCCUCACCCAGAGUGGCCCACAGAGAGCCCAGGGAACAGCCGUGUGCCGUGGACUAGAGGAGGAGGACCGUCUAGCCAGGGUUACAAAGGCUUUACCUAUAGAAUUGCAGUAAAUACACAGAAAUAAUUCUAAGGCUUAAGCAUUAUAACUUCUGUUUUGCAGAUGAGACAGAGGUCCAUAAAGGUUAAAUAGGCCCAGAGAGGCUAUCCCAGGUCAUAUGCAAACAAAAGCCGGAUCCAAAUGCAGGUGUGAUCGGCUCUGAAAUCUGUGCUCUUAACUACUGCCCUACCUUGUUUUCUCGUGACGAGGAUGACAAUAGAAUUCAGAAGGAUCUUACGUGAUACGGAAGGUGAAUUACAUGCUAUUCACCAAACAGGUGGCUUAAGCAUGUAUAAGUGAUAUUCAGAAUGGACCGUAAGCCUGUAAUCCAUCCCACCACGGAGUAUUCGGCUUCUGUUCUCUCAUUGUCUUGGUUUUGCAUUGUUCAUGGGUCUUUUUUCUCUUCCCUCAGUGAUCACUCUGUGUGCAUUUUGCAUCAAAAUGUUUUUUUUUUCCUUCUGUCAGAAUCUGAAUGUUAUUGGCAAAAUUUUCAGUCACCCUGGUUGACAGUGUUUAAUGUACUGAAUUCGUUGAUCUCCUGUCACAGGAUCAAUCAUGCGGCCUGCCUGUAGCAGCUCCGUUGUGCCACUUAACUGCAGCGCUUACAGUUUGAAGCUACUGAAGCAUCAGUGCUAACCCCAGAAUCUCAGGAAAUCCAAUGAUUCACAGAACUAGAGGGCGACUGUCAUGUUCCUCAGGAAUUUUUUUUUUAAUUUGUUCUUUUUAGAUAUACAGGACAGUAGGGUGUAUCUUGACAUAUUCCAUUGUUUAUAUAUACCACAUCUUCUUUAUCCAUUCAUUUGUUGAAGGGCACCUUGGUUGGAUCCAUUGCUUUGCUAUUGUGAAUUGAGCUGCUUUAAACCAUUGAUGUGGCCCCUUCAGUGCAGUAUGCUGACUUUAAGUACUUUGGGUAUAAACCAAGAUGUGAAAUAACGGGUCAAAUGGUGGUUCCAUUCCAAGUUUUCUGAGGAGUCUCCAUUACUGCUUUCCAUUCACUCAGGAAUCCUGGUUACCUGAGCUGACAGUGGAGGAGAAGUUGCAAAACAUUAACUUGUAAGCUCAGAGCAGAACUUCUCAUCUGUCCCCCAGUUGGCUGAGAAACAUUGUUUAUCAUGGACUCAAAACAACAACAUGCUAUUGUGCUUAAGUUUCAGGAGAAUGGACAAAAUCACUUAAAAUUUCUUCAGAGGCAGAAAAGGAGUAACUGAAAUGGUUAGCCUUGAUCACCUGGCAUUACACUUCUUAUAGCUUUCAAAACAAUAGGCCUUAAGAAAAAGAACCUAGUGAAUUCCCUGAUGCAUGUGAAUGGAUCAAUUUAACAACAUCAUGGAUUCUGCACCACCCAUUGUUCAUCACUUUAUGUAAAUAACACAAGAGCACUUGGAAAACCUUGAAAUAGUUCAAGCAUAAAAGUCCACAGUGUAUUUCAAAUUUAUGCCUGGGGUGUCAAUAACGUAGACAAUAGAAAGAAUAACAUGCAAUCUAAUUUGAAGUUUUUAAUCUUAGCCUAAUGAAUUCAAUCAGCAACUGAAGAAAAAAAUCUAUUUUUUUCUUGUUGAAGAAAUGUGUAUUUUUUAUUAUGAGAGAAGGGCUUAUAUGUUUUGUUUUCAUAUUAUUAGGGGGUAAAACACAAUCCAGGACAGGGGCCUGGCCUGUAGGGGGGAUCAAAUAAUCCAGUUGGAAUCUUUGUGUGCUUGAGUUUUCUCCUAAUGCCUUUCUACUGGGGGCUCCAGGAAGGACAAAUUGUUCUGUUUGAGGGGGAAAAGACAUGUCACUAGGCGCUUGUUGUAGGAAACCUAUGAUAAAAGGAGAAAAAUUCUCCCAUUGACUUUUGAGAGAUAAAAGGUCUAGGGGAGAAAGUUAGGAGAGAGGCAGUGUGCUACGGACAUUCUCCAGGGGAAUGGGUUGGUGGUGCAGGAAGCACCAAGGACAGCAGCCUUUGGAAAGGAGAGAGUUGGGGACAAGUGGUGGGGGGCAGCUACUGUGCACAGAAUAGUUCUGAGCAUAAUGGGGAACCUCCCUACCAGAAGACCUUAUUCAGAUCCUCAAAACCAAGGCAAAUAGUGGUACCUGUACGUAGUCAGGGAGAGUCUAAGGAGUAUUAGUGGAGGAUCUAAGAGGAAAUUGUUUCCAACUAGUCAAGAAGGUGACAUUGGAGAUUUUGGUAUCAGGGGCAUUAUUAAUUUCUUUCUUUGCAUUCUAUUUAUUUUGUUUAUAAGUUUAUCGAAUAACAAUUUAUGCAAAAUAAAUUACACGUAUUUAAAGUGUACACUUGAAUGAGUUUUGACAGAUGAAAUCAUACGAACGUAAUCAAGAUCCCACAUACUUUUAUCACCUUCACAGCCCCUCACCCUUGAGCAAAGAUUGUUCACUUUCACCUCCAUCCCAUUCAAUUACUGCCAUGCUUUCUUCUGUCAUUAUAGAUUAUAUUUUCUAAAAUAUAUAUAUAUAAAUGGAAUCAUAUGGGAUAGACUCUUUUGUGCCUGGCUUCUCUCACAAAGCAAAAAGAUUGUGAGGUUCAUUCAUGUUGUUUCAUUAUUUAUUUUUAUUGCUGAGUAAUAUUCCAUUGCAUAGACAUAUUUGACGAGGUGUUUAUCUGUUGAUGGACGUUUGGGUGAUUUCAGUUGUCAUUGUUAAAAAUAAAGCUUGAUAUAUAUAAAUCGUUUUGUGAACAUGUUUCCGUUGCCCUUUGGCAGAUCCUGUGGAGUGUAACUGCUGGGUCACAUAGUAGAUUCAUAUUUAAUUUUCAAGGCUGAAUGUUGUUUUCCUAAAUAGCUACACAAUUAUACAUUCCCAUGAAUGGUGCAUAGGCUCAGUUAUUCCAUAUCUCUGUCAAUACUUGAAAUUUUCAGUCUUUAAAUUCAGUUAUUCUAAGGAGUAUAGAAUUCAGUAUAAGGUGGCGUUAUGAUUUAACUUCUCUUUUACCAGAUGUUGAGCAUCUCCUCAAGUCCUUAUUGACUUUCUGUAGAUCUUUUGUGAUUUUUCUGUUAAAACCUUUCAUCACUUGUUUUUUGGUAGUCUUUUUUAUUAUUUGAGUUGGCUGAUUCUUUAUAUAUUCUGGUCUGAUUUACAUGUUUAUCUAUAGCUUGAUCUUUAUUUUCCUAAUGGUGUCUUUUGAUGAGCAGAUGUGUUUAGUUUUGAUGUCAUAAAAUUUAUGAAUCUUGUCUUUUAUGAGUUAUGCUUUGUGUCUCCAAUGUGAGAAAAUUUGUUAAGCUCCAAAUCAAAAGACUCUUUCUAGAAAUUUUUCAUUUUCACUUUUACAUUUGGGUCUAAGAUCUCUAUACAGUGAUUAUUUUUGUGUGUAUGUGUUGUGUGCAAUGCAAGGAAAAUUAUUCAUUUUUUUCUUAGAAGUUUCCACCACUUGCCUUGGUAGGUGCUCAUAGCUUUUUGUGUGUAUGUGUGAGGUUUGAGGGAAUAGCAAAUGCACAUUUUUAAAAUCUAUAAUGCAUUAUAAUUUUAUCAGAUCCAUGCUUAUCAAAUAUUUUCUCUCAGUUUGUAACUUUCAAAGUUCUGAAUUUGAUUAAAUUUACCAUUUUUUCACUUAUAGUUCAUAUUUUGUAUAGCCUGUUUAAGAAAUACUUAUCUGCCCAAAUGCCAUAAAUAUUUUCUUCAGGGCUGGGAUGGUGGCUAAGCGGUAGAGCACUCGCCUAGCACAGGUGGGACCGGGGUUCAAUCCUCAGCACCACAUAAAAAUAAAGGCAUUGUGUUGUGUCCAUCUACACCUAAAAAAUAAAUAUUAAAAAGAUUUUCUUCUAGAAAUUUACUAUUUUUAUCUCUUGUGUUUAUGUGUGACACAUUUCAAGAUAUUUUUUGUAUGCAGUUUGAGAUCAAGGUUGAUAUUAAUUUUUUUCCUAUACAGAUAUCCAUUGUUACAGGAGUCUACUUGAAGAGCAUACUUUUUCCCUUUGAAUUAUCUUGCCAUCUUUGGCAAAAACCUAUUGACAAUAUAGGUAUGAGCCUACUUCUAGACUAUUUUGCUUUAUUUAUUUUAUCUUAGAGUAGAUCAUAAGGCUCUCUCCUUAUGCCAAAAUAGACACUUUCUUGAUUACAGUUGCUACACGUGAAGCUUGAAAUCACUUGGUAUAAACCUCCAACUUUGUUCUUUUGUUUUUCUCAAAACGAUUUUGGGUAUUCUGGGUUUUUUGCUUUUCCAUAUACAUUUUUACAUUGACUCCUCAAUUUAUUUAAAAAAAAAUUUGAUUAGCAUUACACUGAAUUUCUACAUCAAUUUGGAAUUUCCAUAUUAACAAGACUGAAGCUUUCAAUCCAUGAAUUUCACAUGACCUUUCCAUUUCAUUAGGUCUUAUUUAAUUCUCUUUCACAUAUCUUUCAUUAAAUUUAUUCCUAAUGAUUUUAUGUUGUUUGGUAUUAUAAGUGGAGAUUUUAGUUCAUUUUUAAUUGCUUACUGUUAGUGUAAUUUGAUAACUUCUCUCAAUUUUUUGAAAGAAUUUGCAUAGGAUUGAUAUCUUUCUUGAAUAUUUGCUAAAAUAAAUAUUUGAUAAAAUAAACCAA